AAAAUGUAAACUUGUUCACCUGGCGCAUUAAAAUGUGACGUAUUUCCGUUAAGGUAACGCGAUCGAUGCGGUGCAUUUAAAAUAUUCUUUAAACGGCCUUUACAUUACAAUAAUUACAAUAAUUAUAAACAUUUGGAUUAGUAGUAAAAGGGACACAAUAUUCUGUACAACAUUACAUGUGUAAAAUGCCGUCACCCAUGAGAACCUGUAAAGCUGAUGGAGUCGUACCUUAAAUAACAUGUAGUUUGAAAAUACACCACACGAUGUCGCCAAAAAAAACAAACAAACAAAUUUGUUGUGAAACAUUUAGAGCGCUCACCUUCCGAUCUUGUGUAAACCAUUACUUCAGAUUGUGUAUCGGGGCAUAUAUCCUUUGUACUAUUGUGUAUCGGGGCAUAUAUUCUUUGCACUAUUGUGUAUCGGGGCAUAUAUCCUUUGCACUAUUGUGUAUCGGGGCAUAUAUCCUUUGUACUAUUGUGUAUCGGGGCAUAUAUCCUUUGCACUAUUGAGUAUCGGGGCAUAUAUCCUUUGUACUAUUGUGUAUCGGGGCAUAUAUCCUUUGCACUAUUGUGUAUCGGGGCAUAUAUCCUUUGCACUAUGUAUGUAAAAGAUUUACAGUGUGUUGAUUCCACUUUUAGGAGCAUUUAAUGUUAAUGUUAACAUUAUGUCACUAUUAUCUAAAAGGAGCAAGAAUGUACGUUUGCAAAUGUAAAAUGAUUUUUUGUCAUGCAAGUUUUCUUCAGUAUGAACCAGUGGAUGUGAAACGCAGGUUCAGUGACGUCCAUCUAGGUCCAACAGCGCUGUGUACUUUUGUGCUGGAAAGCCAUGCGGGCUGAGAAGAGAUGGCACAUAUUAUUGAGUAUGAUUCUUUUGCUCAACACCUCCAGCCAUUGCAUGGACAGCAAGGCGGCAAAGCAGCAGGAACGCCAAAUUUUGCUUAAUCUAAUCCUGCAAGUGGUCUCGGACAGCCAGCGAGACAAGCCCACAUCCAGCCGGCGCAUCACCAGUGGCCUCUUCUCUGUGUCUCAAGAUGUCAAGUUUUCGUCGCGUGAAAAGGCUGCAUAUUUCUCCAACAGUAGACCAAUAGAUAUUGCCCAAAGAGACACAAACAUGAAAGGAAAAUUUAUAGAACAUUUUACAGCAGGACCAAUUAAGUUUCCAUCUGAAUGCAGGACACAUUUCCAUAGAAUUUAUCACAACACAAGGGAUUGCUCCAGACCAACACAUUAUAAAAGAUGUGCACGAUUGCUAACAAGGCUAGCUAUGAGUCCCCUUUGCACACAGUCAUAGGAAACGCAUGUCCCUAGGAUACAGAAGAAGAUGUUGGAGGAGAUAUUUUUCAAAGAAAGUGCCUUCAAAAUACUGCAGUUAUUUUUUUUAUUACCGUCAUUUCGUUUCAAAGCUUCAUCUUUAUUGUCAAUCACAUCGAUACAUUUAUUCUAAUUUGUGUGUUGUGUUAAAUGCUUUAACUAAUUUAGUUUUGCUUUGCUUUUUUACUAUGAGUUUUACAGUAAAUAUUAUUAAACAUUGUAGCCAAUUAUUUAUUUAAAUGAUAUGUAAAUAUUCUGUCCUGAUUUACAAGAGAGGAUAUUAUUUGAAUAUCUCAUUAAGCCAUCACUAUGCUUACAUGUUAUUCCGAAUGCAACAUUUUAAAUGUAAAUCUAAAUGUAUUAUUUAUCCCAUAAACAUGUUUUAUAUAUGAAAUCUGGCAAACAAGAUUCAUACCAUGCUUAUAUUACGUUUAACGUUGGCACUUGACGUUUAAAGAAUUACUUCAAAUUAUGAAAACACAUUGUUUGACAACAAUGGAUAUA